AAGGGGGAUAGGGAAAUGAAGGUGAGCUUCUUCGCAUAAUUGGUAGUAUUUAGAAGCCUCGUAGCAGCAGAGAGACUGUGUUUGCAAGCGAGGGCAGAGGCUUUUCGAGGAACGAAACGAUGCCGUGCUUGAACCUCUCAGUAAACGUGAGCCUGGAAGGCGUAGACACCUCCGCUAUACUCUCCGAGGCCACCUCCGUCGUCGCCAAUAUCAUCGGCAAACCCGAAUCCUAUGUGAUGGUUGUGCUGAAGGGAUCGGUGCCCAUAUCUUUUGGUGGUUCUGAGCAGCCAGCAGCCUAUGGAGAGUUGGUCUCCAUUGGUGGACUUAACCCUGAUGUCAACAAGAAGCUGAGUGCUGCAAUUGCCUCAAUUCUUGAGACCAAGUUGUCUGUUCCUAAGUCACGAUUCUUUCUCAAGUUUCAUGACUCCAAGGCCAAUCAGAGUCAAGAAUAUGCACAGUGUUUACAUGCUUUGCACCAGAACUAGAUCAUGGUUCCGACUUUGGAUGGAAUGGAACUACCUUCUAAACAGUCUGCUAGUUUGGAGUGGUCAAUUGUUGAACAUCUCGAGGAUUUGAUGCUCUGUAAUCAAACAGCAUUGUCUAUUGGUGAUUUUGUCAUGACUUUCUUAGUACUCACAACUUUAAAACUUAUUUUAUGUGCAUAUAAUGUUGGAGGUGUUCAGCUCUUGUUUGCAUUGAUUCUCUCAUCCUUGCAAAUUAAAAAGACAGAGUUAUAAUAUCAAUAAGCAGUUUCCAUAGGCUGGAAGUUUUCCUAAUUUUACUACAUAUUCUCAAUGGGAAACUUAUAAAUAAAUUCUAUAUUUAUUUCCUCAA